AUGAUUCCCAUGACAAAAGUACUACAGAAGGAUGGAUGCCAGGUAUCAACUCAAGAAAAGAGGCCACAGAAUCAACCAUCUGAUGUUCAUGGACGACAUCAAGCUGUAUGGAUAUUUGGGAAGAAGAAGAAGAAGAAGAAGAAAAAGAAGAAGAAGAAGAAGAAGAAGAAGAAGAAGAAGAGUUUGGAGUUUUCUACUUCCCGAUUGGAACGACCUGGCUAUACCAGUCCUAGGAGUAGACGAGGCACCGACUCUUGGGAAAGGCCAGAAAACGCCGGCAGGAGCAGAGGCAGUGGUAGCGGAGGGAUUUCAGGAGAACACCCUACUUCGGUAUCUGCAGCAACCGUCGUAGAGGUGGAACCUACUGCAGGGAGGCCCUCAACUCCAGCUGCUGCGACAGCCGUCUUGCCGUCUAUCAAUGGUAGCCCCUUCCUGGAUUUGAUCUUCACUUAUCAGGGAGAUUUGAGCGCCGGAGUCAUCAAAGGCUCUGACAUGGCUUGGUGGAUAAUGACCUUGGAGGGGUGCGACGGUUAUAGGGCCCUGAGCUGGGGGUCCUAG